AUGGCUGUGCCAGCGACCGACUCGUAUAGUCCGCUCAACACGGUGGCUGUGGUCCCGUACGACCUCCCAGCGUCCGCUUCCUCUGCCUCGCGCUCGCGCGCGGCGUUGGACGCAUCAGCACGGUCCGCAGGCUCGCUGGUCUCGGCUGCGUCGAACUUGAUUGGCGCUAUCGCGCAGGGAACCACAUCUCUCCAGACUGUUCAGUCCGAAACUCUUUCCGAUGACGCUGAAAGCGACGAUGGCUCGAGCUCGUUCACGUACCGCGCUCCGGCAGGCACUUCCAGCGGCUCCCAGGGCGGCGGCUGGUACGCCUCGACGCCGUACCACAUCUCCAACCGAUACUACGAGGUGGACAUCACGCUCAAGGCCACGCGAUCCGCGCUAGCUUCUGCCUCGGAAACCUCCAGUGCUGCGGAGGAUAGUGUGCUGUCACAGCCCUUCCCUGCGUACCUCGUGGUAGUCGACCGCAGCCGCAGCCUGGAUCAUCACCGUCAGCUCGCCGCCAGCCUCGAGUCCAAGGUCUCUUCGGGCUUUGACGCGGAUAUCAGCAUAGUUGUGGGCGUGUCGCUGCUCUCGUCCUCGCAUCCGCAACUGGUGCAGAAUCUGGAUGACGAGCCACGUCACGCAUCAGCCACGCUAAGGCGGGCUUCCAACGAGAUCGCCAAGACGAGCGAUCUUGUGGCGGUGUACGCUGAUGCAGGAUGGGAGUUCAUCGCGAUCGAUGAGGCGGAUGCAGAUGGAUCGGAUGCGCAAUCGAGUCGGGGACACGGGUCCGAUGGUGAAGACAGCGAAGAGGGUGGCGAUGGUAUCGAGAGAAUCCGCGAGGCACUCAUGAACCACAUGUGGAAUGGACUCGUGCGCAAGCAAGAAGCGACAAGUGCAUUGCGCGGAUCGUUGCCAGAGGGGAGUCACUCGUCUGUCGCCAGCGCACCCUUGUCAAGCAUUGGCUUUUCCGAAGAUGCAACCGCAUGGCGCGACAACCAACACGACUUACUCGAGCAAGCUCCGCGUCUUGACAGUGCAGUUGAGGCAGCCAGUCGCGAGGAGAGUUCACAGGAGGGGCGACUUCCGUCACUGGGCGUGGGAACUCACGCCGAGACGAGCGAGCUGGACGAGCAGCUCGCCAACCUGUUCCUCUCCUCGUCCCGCCCUUCUGACCUGGCCGAACUCGAAGCUUUUCUGGCGUCGGAAGAUCCGUCGUGGCCCACUGCGUCGUCAUCCUCUGCACCUGUUCCGGCUGCUCCUGCAUUCGACGAUGAUUUCGACGACUUUCUUCCGUUCCAAUCUGCCGGCUCUUCCGACGCUUGGACCGCGUUCGAAGGUGCUGAUCUUCCGUCCGAACGCGAGGUUGCCAACAUGCAAAACGUACUCUUUGGCUCGCAGACGGGGUCCGCGGACGAGGGCGAUCUGGUAUCGCAGCUCAACCAGCUCCAGUACCAUGCGCAGCGAGUGCGCGGGAUCGACGACCCGGAUCAGCGCAGGAAACAGGCUGCACUUGUAGCGCUCGCUUUCAGCAUGCAGUGGUCUGAUUCUGAACCCCGACAAGCACAACCGGACGGAUCCGACGGAUUGGCAUUCUAG